CUACAAAAGACAGUCAACCACAGAUUACAGUUGAAAGAAAUAUUUGUUUUUUCAUUUAAUGACAACAAUGGAAGCUAGUUGUGAACCAGUUGAAAUAUUUAAUUUGGUACAAUCAAUUGUCCAAGAUAUAAAUAUUAAAAAUUUUAAGAAUAUGGCAGAUCAAAUUGUUUCUAUAUCAAUUAAAACAGUUGAUAUUUUUGAAAAAAUGGUGGAUAUAAUUUAUGCUGGGGCAUUUAAUAAACCCAAUUUCAUAACUUUAUACGCAAAUUUAUGUGCACACAUGAUUAAUUAUGCUACAUUUAAUGAACUACACAACACUGAAACUACUUUUCAGUUAAUUUUAGCACAGAAAUGCUUUGAGGGCUGUACCUCACACUAUACUUCUCAGGAAGAAGUAUCAAAAUUAAAAGAAAAUUUUAAGAACAGUAAUAUGACACCAUCUAUUUUCAAGAACAGAUUGAAUACUAUUCAUUUCCAAUACUAUAAUAGUUCUUUAACCCAUUGCAAAUUUAUUGGUGAAUUAUUCAAACAAGGGGCUUUAACCGAAAAAAAUAUAUUGGCUUGCAUUGAGGAAUUAAUGAAAGUAAAAGAUGAUCUGAAUAUUCAUUGUUUAUGUACAAUAUUACAAAUAGGAGGAUCAAAACUAUCAAAAAAUCAUAAUUUGGACAAUAUAGUAUCUUAUAUUUUAUCAUUCAAAAUCGAAAACUCUGUCCUCAUAAAAAUUUCACCAACUCUAGAGUCUUCGAUAUUCAAAAUACAAUCCUUGCAUUUUAAAGGUUGGAUAAAUGAAGAAGCUGUUAAGUUAAUUGAGAGCAAUGAGAACCAUAGUUUAUUUGAAAAGUUGCCAGAGGAAUCAAAAAAAUCAUAUGAAUUAAAAUCACAUACUGUAAUGGCCCAGUGUAUUAUUGAUGAAUGUAUUGUUGUUCUUAAUAGUUUUGACGAGAAAAAUGAAAGAAGUAUCAAGGAAAUUGUACGUAAGUUGAAUAAUACCAACUCAUGGAUAAAAUAUGAUCAAGUAUCAUUCGUUGCUUCUUUGAUACUUAUAACACUAAAUGAAAGUCAAAGUAUUCGCUAUAAGGCUGGUAUACUUUUAAACAAACUUGUUACGGAACGAUUGUUAUCAAGGGAUUCGGUUUCUUCGGGAAUUUACAAAGUAAUGAAUGACUCAGAAUUGAAGAUUGAACUUCCAAAAUUAUCAGAUUUAUUGUUUGACAUCGCUAGCAGACAUAUAAAUACAUAUCUUACAUAUAUUUCAUAUUUUAAA